GCAGCGCCGAGGAUGCACUGGAAGCUCAGCUAACGAGAUGCAGUCGAUGAAGGGAACUCUGCUAGUGCUCACGCUGUGCCUAGGCGCUGGCGGCAUCUGGGCCAAGCCCAGCUCCGCGAUCUUUGAGGAUGUAUGGGACGAUCUGAAGGAUGGCGGCAACAGCAUCAUCGAAGGACUUCGGGAAGCCACCAAUGACGGCGCUGCCAUUGGCAAGAAUCUGCUGGACAACCUGAAGAUUACCAACGACAAGUUUUUGGACGAUGUCAGCCAGUUGGGGGAGGAUCUGUCGAAUGCCGUCUCUGAGGCGUUGUCGACAGGCCUUAAGGACCUAUCGCAAGACUUGGCUGGCAAUAUUACUGCCUUCAAGGCAGAGAUCGAUGCCGAAAAGAAUCUCAUCAAGAGAGGGGCUCUGAAAAAUGGAAUAGCCGCACUAGAAGAUCUCAGUUCGGUGGUUAACGAGCUCCAUUCCGGAGUGUCCAACAUAAGCCAGAGGCUCGGUGAAAAAGUGAACAGCCAGUUAAACGAAACACUUAACGAUUUGCUGAGCUGGACAGAGAAGCAACUGGAUCGCGUGGACAACGCCACCGACGGAGUCGGUGUGCCUCAAGCAAACGAACUGAUUACUCAGCUGGUCGAUCGCCACGUCCAGAGUCUGAUCAGCCUUGUGGAGGAGCUGGAGGUUGUGAAGACCCUGUUGGAGCAGAAGUUGAACGACAAAAUCAGCGAAUAUGCCGGCUACGCCAAGGAUCUAAUUGAUGCGAUGAACAAUUGCAGAGGUUUAAGCGUCCUUCGUUGCAGGUCUCGCAUUGAGGAGGCGAUCGAGAAUCUGAGCGAUGCGCGAAACGAGCUCAAGAUCCUGCUGAAGAAGGGCAACGCGUUAAUCGAGGCAGGUGUCUUUGCCAGCGAUUCCAUAGUCGCCCUUAUAAGCCAGUUGGCCAAAGACAAGCUUAAGCUCGAAAAAGAACUAGAGGGAAUCAUCAGAGACAAUCCCGCAAGCACGACAACGAGCGCAAGUCCAACGGCAUCCGAUGGCGCAUCCUCAGCGGAAUCGGACGGCGCAUCAGACGCAGCCUCCAUCUUCGGAGAUAUACUGUCUAGACUCGGUGAUAGAAGCAGGAGUCUCCUCGAGGGCAUCUUUAAUGCAACGCAAAACGGCGCGGCACUGGGCGAAGAUAUUCUUGACGGUCUCAACGAUAAGAAAGCCGCGUUUUUGGCUGAUAUCACGCAAUUGGGAAAGGAUUUGUCGAGUGCAAUCUCCGACGCAUUGAUCACUGGCCUAGCUGACCUGACGACAAACCUGCAGGGCAACAUUACGGAUCUUGAGGGCAAGAUCAAGGGUGAAAAGAAUCUCAUCAAGAAAAAGGCACUAGACAACGGCCUCGCAGCCCUAAAGAAUCUCAAUUCGACGGCUUUCGAGCUACAAUCUGCACUUUCCAACCUGAACAGUAAGCUUGCCGAGGAACUCAGCGACCAGGUCCAGGAAGCCAUUGACGACUUGUUGGCAUGGAAAAUACAGCAGCUGGAACGUGUUAACAAUGCAACCGACGGAGCUGGCCUGCCGCAGGCGACCGGCAUCAUCAACCUGCUAAUCCAGCGCUAUACCCAGAAUCUGCACCGCACCCUACGUAAUUUCGAGCUCCGAAAGAGCCAGUUUGAGAAGCAGGUCAAUGAUAAAAUAAACAAGUACACCCAAAUCGCCAGGGCACUCAUCGACGAAAUGAACCAGUGUCUAAAUGGACCCAUCAGCGCCCUGCGCUGCCGAGCCAACACAGCGGGUUUGACUAGGAAGCUAAACAAUGCACAAAAUGAGCUGAAGAAACUGCUGAGGCAGAGCCAAAAGCUGAUCAAGGCCGGAGUGCACGCCAGUAAAAAUAUUGCCUCCUUGUUGAAGCAGUUGGCCAAGGACAAGCUGAAAUGCGAGAAGGAUCUGGAUGGAAUCAUUGAGGACAACCCAAGCGAAAACGCAACCGAAGCAUCAACAACGCAGCCCGCUGAUGACACAACUAAUGCAGCUGAUGAGACAACUGAUGCAGCUGAUAGCUCAACUAAUGCAGCUGAAAGUUCAACUAAUGCAGCUGAAAGUUCAACUGAUGCAGCUGAAACCUCAACUGAUGCAGCUGAAAGUUCAACUAAUGCAGCUGAAACCUCAACUGAUGCAGCUGAAAGUUCAACUAAUGCAGCUGAAGCCUCAACAGAUGCAGCUGAAAGUUCAACUGAUGCAACUGAUAGCUCAACUAAUGCAGCUGAAGACACAACGAAUCCCGCUGAUGACACAACUGAUGCAGCUGAUGACACAACUGAUGCAGCUGAAACCUCAACUGAUUCAGCUGAAACCUCAACUGAUGCAGCUGAAAGUUCAACUAAUGCAGCUGAAAGUUCAACUAAUCCAGCUGAAAGUUCAACUGAUGCAGCUGAUAGCUCAACUAAUGCAGCUGAUAGCUCAACUAAUGCAGCUGAUGAUACAACGAAUCCUGCUGAUGAUACAACGAAUCCCGCUGAUGACACAACCGAUCCUGCUGAUAGCUCAACUGAUCCCGCUGACGACACAACGCAGUCCGGGGAAUAGCCUUGGACAUAAGCAAAAUUAACAAACAAUCCGACGAACUUUAAGCACUGAUGCACUUCCUUGAAUCGAAGCACUUUAGCGUAAUCCUGGUGGUGGGUCAAUAAACUAAGCACAAUAAAAAGCCUUUACUCAAUGCAAAA